UCUUUUGCAUUUCUAAAGCAAGUUGAGCAACCCAAGUGUUUUUCCAAUAUCCUUUACAAAUGCAGGAGCCUCCAUUAGUGGGUAUCUGAACUGUCUGGUUAUGUGCAAACUGGCAGGUUCCUAUAAGGGGCCUCUCUUUCGUAUCUGGCUCAGCAUUGUCAGUUCAGGCCUGGGUUUGUGUGUCAGUUUGAACAGCGAGAACUGUUUUCAGGAGUCUCCUGGAGAGGAGGAGACCUUUUCCCAGCACUGAUCAAUGGAUGGAUUUGCCCAGCGAGGGUUAAAAUCUUCCUCCUUUCCCACGCAGCGCCAGUGUGCAUCUUGGUGUCUGUCCUCGCUGAUGGAGUUCGACAGUGGCCUUGUUUUCAGCCUGCUCCCACAUCAUCCUCUGAAUGGAAACCACCGGCGGGGCCAGGAUACAUUGAUUUGCAAGUGGAGGGAUUUCUUCCAAGCCCUGAUCCUUCUUUCCUGAGGGGCAGGGGGUCCAAACCAGACAGGAGAAGGGGCAUCAGGAAUAUUUAAUCCCUGGUUUGAUGCCACCUCUCCCCAUCUCCACCCCAAGCAGGCUGGGGUUACAUGCAGUGCUUGCAUUAAGCAUGGGCACCAGUAAAGUCCUAAGGCUUGGGUUUUAAACCAGCUUGGUCUUGGUAUCAGUUUGAGCAGCAGGUCCAGAAUGACCUGGGGGCUGUUUGAAGUGAGAAGCAGAGGGGUUGAGAAGAGAGUCAGAGGCCUGGAUGUAGGUAAAAAAUGGGCUGCCGAGCUUGAUCCAGCAGUGUGGUUUGCACCUAGAGCCCUUGCUCUGGGGAGCACAGGGCCCUGGAGGUGUGAGUUGAGGGCUGCUCUGUAGGGGAGGGUCACAAGGCUGGGGUGGGGUGUCUGUACUCAUGGAAAUGUGGCCCAGGUGAAAGACAGGAGGAACAAUGCGAUGCGGCUUGCGGAGGAUAAUUUGAUGAAGAGACUAAUGGAAUUACCUGCUGUGACCGAGCGGAUGGCUCUGAGCCCAUCAGGCUAGGAGUGAGCUGGAGGGGCCUGGUGAGGCCUCCCCUUUGAUCACACUCCCUCCAGGGUCAUUGGAGAAGAGCCCUGUUGGCUGGUCUGCUGUUGGAAGCUAAAGGGGCCUCCUAGGAGAUCAGUCUAUUUGGUGAUAAAUAGGGAGACAGAUCAGAUACUGCAGAAAGGUUUGGAGACAACACAAGAGAUCCUGGCCCCGCAGGAGGUGGCAACCUGGCGUGUGUGAGGCUGGACAGUGGGUAGAUACUUGCAUGAGAUGGGUAGAAAACAUUAUUCACUGCCCACACGGGACUUGGGCAGGUGGCUUGCUCUCCCAUCUGAGGGCUUAAUCCAGCAACCACAUGCUUUGCUGGCACUUAAGCCCCACUAACAUGGGGAGAAACUUAAGCAUGUGCUGAAGAACUUCCCUGGACCAGGAAGCUAAGCCUAGAUCAGAGAGGAGAUGUUUGCUACAUCCUGGCUCACAGACUGUCCCAGCCCUACAGCACAGGUAGGCAGCAGCGAGGAGUAGGUGGUACUGCUAAGCCACGGUAACGGUGCAGCUGUGGGGGAAUGGGGGCUGUGAUGCUGAUGAAACCCCCAGGCAGGUGUUCAGCAGUGCUGGCGGGGCACUCUGAGCAGAUGUCAGAAAGCAGUAACUUCCCUGGUGCUGCUAAAUGCCGUCACUGUUUGCAGCUGAUUUUGGGGCGGCAUCUGUCUGUGCGUUCUGGGCAGGGGCUGGGCAAAGCAUCAUGCCACGGCGAGGUGGCAGGGAGGAAGCUGCUGGAUUGUGCAGGGUCAGGGUUAGCUGGGGAUGAAUAAGGCUCCUUCCCCAAGUGACCUACACCUACCCAGGGUUACAUCGCCUUGCUGAGUCUGCAGGCAGCAGUAAGGCCUGUGCCCAGCCUGAGCAUCUGGGCUCUUUGCUAGACAGCUCAAGGGCUUGAGGACACGGGCCCUGUAUCUGUGCUUUGAGGAGUACCAACAGUGUGAAGACAUGGGAAAUAAGCUGAAGCCCCCCCUGCCCCAGCCCUCCAGCCACCUGCUCUGCAUGAGGCCUCAAGAUCUAGCCAUGGCAAUACCCAUCUCUGAAUAAGCUGCAUGUACCUGUUUGGGUGACCAGGUGUGGGUCUCCUGGCAGGGAUAAAUAGCUCGUGUGUGUGUCUACUUGAGUAAGGGGGCACUACCUGGAGGAAAAAAGGAGUGCAUUGGAGCAUGUGGCUGGACACUGUGCAGUCUUCAUGUUCCCUUAGACCAAAGGAUGAGUGUGUGCGAGUUUAAAGGGAUAACAACUGUCUGGGUGAACCCCUCCCCAAACGGGUGUGCUUGCAUGGGGAAGAAGGGGAUGUUCCUCUGUGAAUCACUACAUAGAAAGAACAUGUGUGUGGUGGCGCUGUGCACUGCCUCGUGACACUGGCUUGCAUGUGAAUGAACAACCCGUGUGUUCUGGGGGGGAGUGCACCUGCUCAGUACAGCACUGGGGUGGCCUCAUCUGGAGCAUUGGGCCCAUUUUUGGGCCCCACACUUCAAGAAAGCUGUGGACAGAUUGGAGAGAGUUCGGUGCAGAGUGACAAAAAUGAUUAGGGGCCUUGGAGAUGAGACUGAUGAGGAAAGAGCUAGGUUGAUUGAGUGGAGAAGAGAAGGGAUGGGAUCAUAGUCUUCAAAUACCUAAAUGGUGAUUUAUAAAGAGGAUGGAGAUGGGCUUUUCUCUGUGGCCGCAGGGGACAGAACUGGGAACAGUGGCCUCAAGCUGCAGCAGAGGAAAUUGAGGAUGGAAAUGAGGAGGAACUUUCUGGCUCUGAGGGUGGUCAAGCAUUGAAUCAGGCUGCUUAGAAAAGCUGUGGAGUCUCCAUCCCUGGAGACACUGAAGAGCAGGUUGGAUAGACAUGUGGCUGGGAUGGUUCAAUCGGGGCUGAUCUUGCCUUGAACAGGGGGCUGGACUAGAUGUGACCUUAUGAGGUCCCUUCCAGCCCCACUUUCCUCUGAUCCUCUGAUCUGUGACAUACGUUUGCUUGGUGUGGGCAUAUGUGUAGCGUGAGCAUGGAUGUCUACACAACAUAUAUCUGUGCUGCAUGUUUCAUGUGUGAUGGGAGGCACAUGUGAAUGCAGGGCAUCAAGGUGGUGAGUGCAUGCAUGCAGGAGGUGUGUGUGUAGGUAGUACAUACGUGCCACACACACGUAGGUGGUGCUGGUAUGUUGGAAAAGUGGUAAAUCCUUCCCCCUUGAUCUCUGCAUGGCUGGGUCUUUAUUUCCCUCAGCCUCUUUUCUCCAGUGCUCUGCCCAUCAGCAGGCCCAGACCCAGUGCUUCUUUCCCAUUCUCCCCAAGCAGUUGGCAUCCACUCUGCUUUCCACUCUCUGCAAGUUGCCCGUCCUGGAAACAGAUGCUGGCCUCUCCUGCCGAUGGGUGAAUCAAUCUGGAUUUGCCAAGCAGAGUGGGAUGCAGCCUCUCAUGCUCCAGUAGAAAAAACAGAGGGGUAUCUGUAUGGUGCUGGGCAGUGGUGAUAGGGACUCUCUGCUGGCCAGGCCGAGGGUCUGCCCCUACUCUGAAAUCAUUGUUGCUACCAGCAUCAUGUAGGGCAGGGGCAGCCAAACUGCAGCACGCAUGCCACAGGUGGCACGACUGCCUCUGUGUGGCAUGAAGCAGACUGGGGAAGAAGCAGAAAGCAAAGCAGCAGUUUGGGGAAAUGAAGGGAUCGGAGUGGCCCUCGGGGAGGGUGUGGAGCUAGUUUAUGGUACUUGCCAAAAAGGCUGGCCACUGCUGAGGUAGGGGAAGAUGUGACUGAAGAGGGAAGUAAGUUGCUUGCGGGACCCUAAAGGAGAAGUGAGCAGGAAGGUCCUGUGGAGACAGGGGUGGGGUCAAAACCAGAUCUUCCAAACUGUCCAGUGCCCGGCAUUGACGUGCCGCCAGACUCUCUGGGAACCUGGCUUCUGAUGCAACUUGUUAGGUCUGGCCAUGAAACACGGCUGCCUGAGAAGCACCCAGCCUUGGUGCAGGUCGUCUCCACAUCGUCCUUCUGACUCUGCAAGACGCUUCCACCUGCUCCACCGUAGCCGUUUGCUCUUUCAUGCAUGCACCAGAACUGGAGACAUUGUAUAUCCAAUUGCAGCAACUGCACAUGCACAUCAUUAGCCCCCACUGCCGAGAAGUGCCCAGGACUAUGCCAAACCUUCCUUGUUUUGGAUUUGGUCGGCAGCCAGAAAGUUCCCAGAGAGGCAGGAUGGUCUGGUGCGAACUGACUUCUGGCGAGCAGAAGGGCACCGGUUUCCUUUCCAUUUUGCAUUCCUUCCCUCUGGCUUUGCCCAGCUCCCUCCCUCCCUCUGCAAAUUUCUGGUAAUUGUUCUCUCGUUUCUAGCACCGCUUUGUUAUCGGGCUCCACUUGGGAAUAGCGGUCCGCCUAGCGUGCACACAGCUGGGCUUCUGCCACUUCCUGUCAGGAAGCCCAGAGCCGGCCAGAGAACAUGCAGGGGCCCUGCGAGGAAGAGAUGUUAAUGAGGAAACGCUUUGCUGGACUUCCUUAAGCCUCCGCUUGUUUGCUACCAAACGUGUCGACUCAAUUAGCACAAGAGCACUUGAAAAGUGGCCUGUUCGUGCGGCUGGGUUUGUUGCAGCUCGCUGAUUUGUGGGGUGGGGAGUUGCAUGUUCUGAGUGGUUUGUGCAUAGGUGGCUUGUGUGCAUGUGCUGCGAGGCUCAUGCGUGUGUUUUUGGAGGUGCGUGUGUACAGGGUGAUGCUUCUAGCACAUUGCAGACUCGAGCUUGUGGUCACCCACGUGUGUAUUUGUGUAGGGCAAUGCUGUUGGUGCAGUGAGGGCUUUCAUGUUUGUGUUUGCAGCUGUAGCCAGGAGUGGUGUUGGUGCAUAUUACAUGUGUGUUGGUGUAGGGAGGCUCGUUGUGCCUCAGUUUCCCUUUCUCUUCUAUCUGGUGUUAAAGCAAAAGCUCCAAGGGCUGUGGCUAGGGACAGGCCAGGAAGGUAUUUAGAUACCUCCGGACACAGGUAGGAGCCUUGUGGGCAUUUGACUCCCUCUGCAGUCGCUGGAUGCUCAGCGGUUGGAUUGUGGCUGGAAAUCGCUGUUCCUGUGAGAGACGGCAGCAUUGCCCUCUCCUUCCCUGGACUCAGCAGAUGCUCUAUUCAUGGAGGACUCCCUCCCCAAGUGAUUACUUCAGGGAGCCAGGCUGGAGUAAAGUCCCAUUCUCCUGAAGACAACAGCAGAGCAAGCUUCCUGGGCUGCUGGGCUACCGCACCUCAGAGCCAGCCGGAGCCCCGUCUCCAUGGUCCUGUCAGCCCUCGGUCCCCUGCCGUUGGUGGGGACAUUUUUGUGACCCACCCACUGGGCUCUGAGACCUUCCAGCUCAUUACACACAACAGGAAGGCUCUUCAGUGCCCUUCCCAGCUGGCCCUUUGCCUUCCUGGUCCCAGCCCACCCUGCCCACCGGGUCCCUGGCACAUCUUCAGCACUUGCUGCAGGAAGCCCUACCGUGGCCAGGUGGAUCUAAGAGACUAAAUCUUUCCCCACACACUCUCUGCGGCUGCUUCUGCUGACACUGGGCUUUGCAAAAGCCCUGCUGCGCCAAGCUUGCUCUUGGAGACAACCUUUGCUGACAAGGAGCGUGCAACCUAGAGGACUAUCCGGGGCAGGGUGGGAGCAGGCGAAGAGCGGCCAAGGCAGGGCAUAAGAAGGUAGAGUCACGCAGACACGUGCAUAGGGAUUGCUCUUUCAGCAAAGCACUGUGGCCCAUCCAGCCCCAAAUCCCCUUUCCCACAGUGCCAGCUGCCUUGGAGAAAGGGAAAGCAGCAGGAGAGAGAAAGGAGAGGACUACUGUGUGCCUCUACCCUGGGGCAGGAGGAGGAGAGAGGCAAUAGCCUGUGGUGCAAACAGUCUGUGGUAAACUGAGGCUGGAGAUUGGAAGGAGAAUCCUAAUGACGGGAGAAGGGAGGGCCUGGGAUGCCUCCCUCUUCCUCCCCAGCAACCCCUUUCAGGGGCAGGGAAAUGAUCCAGAGUGCUCUGCGUGCACAAGACAUGGGGACAGGAUUCAAUAAGCCAGGGUCUUUCUGGGUUACGAUUCCAGCCUGGCGUGUGAUGCAUGGUGGAUUUUGGACCUCUAGAUGCCAUCAGGAAGCCUUGAAGACCCCAGUCCAGGGGGAGAGAGUGUUUAGUCUUCAUGCUCAUGUGGCGGCUCUACCUGGAAGGAUUCCUGCGAUGUGCUGGGUUGUUGCCAGCCAUGACGCUCUUGGGACUCAGCAAACUCGCUUCACCCAAACCGUCAAGCAAGCAAAGAUUUUCCAUAACAAAUCUGGGCAAAAGCAGGAGAUGGUGACUGAAUGGUGAAUGACUGCUUGUCAUGCUCCUGGGUCCCAGGCUGCCAGGCUCAGUGUUAAAUAUACCCGACCUGACGAACAGGACCGUGACACCCAAAAGCUUGCCUAUCCCAACCAUACAGUUGGUCCAAUGAAAGAUGUCGCCCACAAGAAUUUGGGCCACAGCUUUUCAAUACAGACAGAUGGCUAAGGGAGGUUUAUGGGUACCCACUAUUAGGUUAGUGAAGAGAAAACAGAUUCAAAUAGCACCAAUGACCAGUCCUUGUGGGGUUACCUGCUGCUUCGUUUGUUCCUAAUGCACCGAGGCCAGGAUUGUUGGAGUCUCAAGUAGUUUCCUGUUCUGAUGCCAGGAAUCCAAGGGGAGAGGCCAGUGUUUCACAGCAAGGGGUAUUCAGGGUCUCAAGUCCUGGAAAUCACUGGCCAUUUUGGGAAUCAUCUGAGCCUGUAACUAAGAAAACAUGCCCAAGGCUCUUGAGUGCUUGGGAUUGACAGCUCAGAAGCCACAACAGCCUUGAGCCCUGGGCGGCUGCCUUAGAUCAGCCCAGCAUAAGUGAAGGUCAAUACUAUUAUCUGGCUCUUGACUGCUCUUUUACCAACCAGCCGCUGGAGAGGACAGAGGGAUCGCGCUGUCUUCCCCCAGUCCCCUCGCACCUUGGCAUCUGCCUCCUUCCUGCAUCCCUCAGCACCUAGGGAUGCUCUACCAGGAUAUCUGGAAAGGAGUCAAGGUGAAAGAUGAGAAGAAUGGCCAAGAAGUGUUUGACCUGAGCGAUUACGAGAAAUGUGAAGAGCUCAGGAAGUCGAAAAGCAGAAGCAAGAAGAACCACAGCAAGUUCACGCUUGCACACUCCAAGCAGCCUGGGAACACGGCACCAAGCCUGAUCUUCCUUGCAGUCAGCCCAGAGGAGAAGGAGUCCUGGAUCAACGCCCUCAACUCUGCAAUCACCCGAGCCAAAAACCGCAUCUUGGAUGAGGUCACUGUCGAGGAGGACAGCUACCUCGCCCACCCGACUCGCGACAGAGUGAAGAUUCAGCACUCGCGACGCCCCCCAACCCGGGGACACUUGAUGGCUGUGGCAUCUACCUCAACGUCUGAUGGCAUGCUCACUCUGGACCUCAUCCAGGAGGAGGACACCUCUCCUGAGGACCAUGGGACCUGCGCCGAGAGCUUCCGCGUGGACCUGGACAAGUCCGUGGCCCACCUGGCAGCCGGGCGGCGCCGGUCCGACUCAGAGAAUGUCAAGCCCUCAGAGAAGGGCCGGUCGGGGAGCCUCCCACGGCGGGAGGUGAUCUCUUGGGACAAAGCGGGGCAGCGUGACGCCAUUGACAAGGGGCCCGUGUACACGCCGCAGGUCCCCAAGAAGCUCUCUCACUCGGAAAAGAACAAAUGUGCCUCCUUGGAGGAGAUCCUGUCCCGCCGGGAUUCCUCCGCGCACCGGGCGGUGCUGAGGAGGGGGAUCGAGGCACAGUUUGCCUCGGCAGAGCCGGAGCAGCUGGCCCGGAUACAGGAACUGGUUGCACUGAAACUGGAAAAAACUCAGGAACUGCUGACAGAGGUGAAGGGCUACGGGGAAGGGAAACGGAAGACAAGGGAUCUCGCCACCAGCACCACCCCCUCUGGCACCUCCUCAUCGUCCUCCUCCAGGUCGGACUCAGAGAAGAUCCUGCAGGAGACGGAGAGGUUGCUGGGCGAGGCCUCCUCAGCCUGGAGCCAAGCCAAGAAGGUGCUGCAGGAGAUCAAGGAGCUGAGGGACCUGUACAAACAGCUCGACCUGCCACUCUCGGACUCUAAGCCCAAGCAGGGCUCACAGUCUCAGUACAGGAAGAGCAUGAUGUGAAGGCAAGCAGCGGGGGGUCCGGGGGGCAUGGGAGGGGGGCAGAGAGGGGGAUUUUUUUUAUUAUUUCCAGUGUUCGAAGCAGUACAAGGUGCCUGUUCUCACCCAGCUUGGCCCCAUCCCAACCCUCGUGUUCCCCUCUCCGUGCCCCGUCCCCAGACAAGACGACCAUGUGUUCCAAUAAACCACUUGGAUUCCUC